CGACCACAUUAUGACAUCAAGUUCAUAUCUGAUGAAAGACCUUGGUGAGCUUAAACCAGAACCUUGUGCCAAAUGUGAAACUGCAGUAAAGGGGCACAGAAUAUACUGGACCAGGAACAAAAAAGUCUAUCAUGAAGAAUGCUUCUGUGAAAUAUAUCAAGAGUUGAGAAAUCAACAUUUAUUAAGAUGGAACAGAAGCAUACAGAACAGGCUGCAAGACACUACCAGUACACAAAUGAAUAAAUAUUCACGUAUUUGUUCCAGAGUUUCAACAGAAGAAGCAAAACAGUCAAACAGCAAAAUACAGCCAGCUCAACAAUUUAAAGAAUUACAAUUUGCUGAAGAAUUAAGGAUGCGUGAAGAACCUAUUCAUAAAGAACCAACUGUGAAAAGAAGAAGGUAUGAAAAGAGAACUUAAUUCCAUCACUAAUCUGUCCUAUACAAUGCCCAGUGAGAAGGCAUUCUUUUAACCCAAAAUAUGUAGACUUGCAAAGCAAAAGUACGUUAGCCAUUAUAAAGAAUAUCCUAAAGCUUGUAAAAGAUCUAAAGAAUGCAACCCCUUCUCCUUCAUAACACAGAACUUCAACCUCCUUUCAAAUACCGCAACAAAAGAAACUAAUAAGGAUGAAAAAUCUUCAUACUCUAAAAGGAAAAUCGCAUGCAUUGUACAGAGCUCAUAAGAACCUACUAACGACUUCCUCUUUCCCUAAAUUGCAAAAAUUUCAAAUCCCCAAUCACAGCUUCAUCUGAAAAUUCAACUGAAGUACUUGAAUUGAAUCAAAGAGCCCAUACAAGUUCUCUGGCUUUAUGAUCACAAACACUAUAUACUACCUUAAGAUUUACUUAUUCUGUGUGCUGGUUCUCAAUGAAUAAGACCUGCUUUGCAUAGCAUUUAAGAAUCGCAUAGAGACCAGCAAAUGAACUGCUUUGCAUAGCAUUCGAGAGCAAAAUGACUUGCUUUGCAUAACCAUAAAGCUAUUUCCUCUAUCCUUGCGUCAAUGGAAUAUGGAUCUUAACAUCCUAAACAUGAAUGAUUUUAAGAAUUGGUAAAUUUUCAACUCAAACUUACAAAAAUUCUGGGGAAAAUAUAAAAAAAAGCUUAAAAUCAAAGAUAUCCCAUUAAGUUCAUUAAAUAUGAUUUCAUACAUUUGAAAUUUUGUUUUGCAAUAUAAAGCCAUGUUUAAGUGUACACAAAAAAGGAUAAGACCAAAAUGUUCAUUAUAUGUGAGGGUUCAUUAAAAGGCAAGUUUGUUACAGACUUUGACUGUAAUUUAUAUAGAAAAGAAUUGUACAGUAAUAAGACAAAUCAGUUCCAAAUCGAUGUAGUUCAAAAUGUAAAUUUGAUUUUAUUGCCCUCCAACAUAUCUCUACAUGUUUUGCAUAUUUAUUUUUUCCCUAGCACUGCCAGGGCUUGGGCAGAAGACUCCUCUGCAAUCAGCAGGAUCAAUGACCAAGUAUAUAACAUCAUGCAAUUGUGAACAGUGGACUCAAUGGAUCAAAUUUGAGUGAAAAUGGAAAUUGCAUUUUAUUAUUAUGUUCACCUUACUGUCUUUAACAUAUUUUGAAAAUAAAUUCUUUUCAUUAUUACA